AAACCAUCCCCAAAUAUUGUAAAAAUAUCACAAUAUCAUGUUUUUUGUUGAGUUUCUUAUUAAUACUCAUAUUUUACUGUUUUAAUUCUAUAUGUUUCUAAAUAAGUGUAUUUAAUGUGUUUUGCUUUGGGAAUUUAAAGACUCACUUUAACAUGUUAAUAAGCCAUUUCCUCUGAAUAGUUAAUGUAAAGCGUUUAUAUUUGUGUGAUGUUCUCUUUAAUGAUCGUCACUAAUAAUGUUUUUAUCACUGUAUCUCACCUUUUAUCAUAUGCUUCCAGUUAUUUAUGUGUUACACACCCUUUCAUGUGGCUUUUCACAUUACAUAAUGGACAAUAAACAAAAGCAACCAUAAAACCAUUAUUACAGAAAUCCUCUGUAAUGAAUUGCACUAACUGUAGGAAAGCCCCUUAUUUAACCAUAACAGUAAAUGUCUCGACUCAGGUUUCUGUUUAGUCUACAUAAGCUUGCAACCUCUGUGUUUAUAAUCAUGUUUAUUUCAUUUAAACUGUUUAGACUAUUUCACCAGUAAGCCUUCUUCAACGGGCAAGCAGAACAUUUUUAAAGUUUUUUUUAAAUAAAUGUAAUGUGCCACCAUAUCAAUGGGCACAACCAUGAUUAUCAUCAAUUACAAUCUUGAGACCACUAUAGCAUGCUCUCUUAAAAGUACACAUACUGUUGUUCAGAUUUUGGAAAUGAACUAUUAAACAACUUCACAAUAAAAAGAGCUGCUAUUUGCAGAAGUUUAGAAUGGAAACGAUGCCCAGUAUACUUCAGCAAAACCCAUUUGACAUGUUAAGCAUCAUGUCAGCACAACAUUAAAAAUAAAACUUAGAAAAUCACUGUCAAUGCAUCUCGCAGUUCCUGUCCAGUACUUAAACAGAGGUCCUUCCUUUAUUUUUUGUUAACUUACAAGUUUUAAAUAGCAAAUGAAGCAUGCCAACAGCACUUAAUCUGUAUAUGGCUGUUCUUGAUGACAGGAAUUCCCAGUAACAUUUUCGGGAAACCUCUCUGUGUACUGUAGCGCAGGAAGCGAACAAUCCAAAUACGGGCAACACCCUCCCUGCUAUGACCUUCCUCCUAACCGGGCCAUUUAAAAUAAUCCGAAACCGAAAACACAUGAAUCCUUAUUGCGUCACCUCAUGAAAAGAGCCAUUGGCUCAUUUCACCGCCUACUCCAUUCAUUAGCCUACACAGGGGCACGGAAAGGUUUAAAUCAUGACCAGGCACUUCAUUCGUCUAGAGUCUAGACGAUUGUUCAAACAGCUGCUUUAGGAUUCAUUUGAACGCGAUUUAAAGAGGAUAUUUUCUUAAAGCGUACAUGCAAGCUUUUGACUUAUUUUAGCGUUGAUGAAAGCGCGUCCGUUAGUCAGAGAUGCCAGCUGUCAUCAUGGACAACUUUGACCGAAGUAGCCCUUUCUCUCAAAGUGAUUCGCAAAGUCCUCAAGACUGGGGCACGGGACAAUCUGCUGAACCCAGGUAUCAGCGCAGAGAGAAGAACAGAGAUGCAGCUCGCAAGAGUCGCAAAAAACAAACAGAAAAGGCAGACGUGCUGCACGAGGAACUCCAAAGUCUAGAACGGUCCAAUGCUGCAUAUUUGAAAGAAAUUGCUGAACUGAAGAAGGAGCUUCAAAUCUACACGACUGCUUUGGAACAGCACGAACCUCACUGCAUUAAACUGUGCCCAUCUGUACCCAUGACUGUUCAAGGAGGUCCAUCCACAGCCACUCCCCCUUCCUCAGAUUUCACAUUCGUCGCAGACCCUAACCCUUUGCCAGAACUUGCAUUUAUGUCAGGCUUGCCACACAAUUCAGUGGAGUUUUCUCUAACAGAACUUCUUGACAAUACUGACUGGCAUCCCUGGGACUCUGUGAAUGGUGAUGGCUUGCAGCAGUUUUAAAACCUUGUAUAUACAAUGUUAUUUGGUGACAUAGUUUACACACUACAAACCUACUGCAUACAGCUAGAAGUUCUGUUCACUUACAACCUGUGUUGGAAAUGGUUGGGUUGGCUUAUUUAUUCACUGGGGGGGACUCUAGUUGGGUACAUAGGCUAGUUUGUAUUAUAUAACCAAAGAUGUGUAAAACCACACCCCUUUAUGUAAAAGUUUGCACAUCGAUUUGAUGCCAUUAUGUUGAAAAUCUGGAAUGGAAAUAAGCUGAAAGGUCCCCCCUUUGAAAUUCACUCCAUGGACCCCCCAUUUCCAGUUCUGCUGAUCAUUGGUGCUAAAGUCAUUUCCCUCAAAAGUGUGAAUAUGUUGCUAGUCUUUUUAAUUUAUUUAAGCUAUAUUUUUACAAAUGAAUAUAUUUAAUGUACAUGUCGUUAUGUUUUGUAUAUACAUCAAAAGACCAUGGCUUAUAUUGGCCCAAGUUGUUUUUUAUAUAUUUGAUAUGUAUUUUAUAAAUGAUCACAUGAAUAAAUCUAAUUGUUUUUAUGUGUUGGA